UCGUCGGUUCGGAGCAAUAUGGUCGAUUCUACCCUGUUCUACUAUACUAGCUGAAGUAUAUCCUCCCACGCAUGCGAAGCCCGUUCGCCAAUGCCCUCCUUGCGCCAUUCGCCACUUUCGCUGCCAGUGGGAGCUUCACCGGAAAGAAGGGUUGGCGCCCUUCGAGCUAUAUUGCCGCCUUAUACUGAGACCAGGAAACAAAGCCCAUUAUCAUGGCCAAUGCCCUCCCAGUCAUUUCACACUCUUCCCUACCUUUCUCCCUCGCCUCUAAACCAUCGAAUCACUCUUGUCCUCUUCCAGCCAACUUUGCCACUCUACCCAUUACGCCUCUAGGCAAAACCCGGUCGUUCUCUACAACUCUUCCCCGCGCCUUGUCUUCUCUUUCUUCCUCUUCUCCUUCCCCUUCCUCGAAACCCGUUAUCGAUUGUAUGCAGGAGAGUCUGAGGCAAGUCAAGGACAUCAGGUGGAGGGAUGUCUUGAACCUUAACAGUUGGGUCGUGCGCGAUUACUACCGUCUUGUCAGCUCCGUGAACGCCCUAGAGCCUCGUAUUUGGGUGCUUUCUGAUGAACAGUUGAGAGCAAAGACUGUGGAAUUCCGCUUUCGUUUGAGCAAAGGGGAAACCCUCGCUGAUAUUCAAGCUGAGGCAUUUGCUGUGGUUCGGGAGGCCGCAAGAAGGAAGCUUGGUAUGCGGCACUUUGAUGUCCAGAUCAUUGGCGGUGCGGUUCUUCAUGAUGGGUGCAUAGCUGAGAUGAAGACUGGUGAAGGAAAGACUUUGGUUUCUACAUUAGCAGCUUAUCUUAAUGCUCUUACUGGCAAUGGAGUUCACGUUGUCACUGUAAAUGAUUACUUGGCUCAGCGUGAUUCUGAAUGGAUGGGCCGCAUUCAUAGAUUUCUUGGUCUUUCUGUUGGCCUUAUUCAGAGUGGCAUGACUUCUGCGAAGAGAAGAUCAAGCUAUAGUUGUGACAUAACAUACAGUAAUAAUUCGGAACUUGGUUUUGACUACCUCCGGGACAAUCUGUCUGGAAAUAGAGCAGACCUUGUAAUGCGAUGGCCAAAGCCAUUUCAUUUUGCCAUUGUUGAUGAAGUUGAUUCAGUCCUUAUUGAUGAGGGGAGGAAUCCAUUAUUGAUAAGUGGAGAGGCUAGUAAGGAUGCUGAACGCUACCCAGUUGCUGCCAAAGUUGCCGAACUUCUUGUACAGGGAAUUCAUUAUAAUGUGGAACUGAAAGAUAAUUCAGUUGAUUUGACUGAAGAAGGGGUUGCUCUCUCUGAAAUGGUUCUUGAGACGAAUGAUCUGUGGGAUGAAAAUGAUCCAUGGGCCAGAUUUUUAAUGAAUGCUUUGAAGGCCAAAGAGUUUUAUCGACAGGAUGUUCAAUACAUUGUUAGAAAUGGGAGGGCACUUAUAAUCAAUGAGCUUACUGGGAGAGUUGAGGAGAAACGGAGAUGGUCCGACGGUAUUCACCAGGCUGUAGAAGCCAAGGAAGGCCUUAAGAUUCAGGCCGAUUCCGUUGUUGUGGCGCAAAUAACAUACCAAUCACUGUUUAAACUUUAUCCAAAGCUUUCUGGCAUGACAGGAACUGCUAAAACAGAAGAGAAGGAAUUCUUGAAAAUGUUUCAGAUGCCAGUUAUUGAAAUUCCUACGAAUCUACCAAACAUACGAAAGGAUUUGCCUAUUCAAGCCUUUGCUACUGCACGUGGAAAAUGGGAACAUGUUAGGGAAGAAGUUGAAUAUAUGUUUCGACUUGGUCGGCCUGUUUUGGUUGGUACUACCAGUGUUGAGAAUUCUGAAUAUUUGUCUGAUCUUUUGAAAGACCAUCAAAUUCCACACAAUGUUCUUAAUGCAAGGCCUAAGUAUGCUGCAAGGGAAGCUGAAAUUAUUGCACAAGCAGGCAGAAUAUAUGCCAUAACAAUUUCUACCAACAUGGCUGGCAGAGGUACUGAUAUAAUCCUUGGUGGUAAUCCUAAGAUGCUUGCCAAAGAAAUUUUGGAGGAUAGCUUGCUUCCUUUCAUGACAAAAGAAGCUCCAAAUUUGGAAACAGAUGGGGUGCCUAUCUCCCAAAAGGGUCAGUCCAAAAUAAAGGUUGGACCGUCAUCAUUAGCAUUGAUUGCAAAGGCUGCACUUAUGGCCAAAUAUGUAAGCAAAAGCGAAGGAAAAAGUUGGUCAUAUCAGAAGGCUAAAUCUGUAAUGUCAGAAUCCAUUGAAUUGAGUCAAUCGGUUGAAAUUGAAGAACUGGAAAAGCAGAUUGUUAGAGAAGCUAGGAUGUAUCCUCUUAUUCCUACGAUAGCAUUUGCAUAUCACACAGUUCUCAAAGAUACUGAAGUACAUUGUUCUGAUAAAGGCAAUGAAGUGAAAAAGCUCGGUGGGCUUCAUGUUAUUGGAACGUCACUGCAUGAGUCUCGGCGAAUAGAUAACCAGCUUCGUGGCAGGGCUGGUAGACAAGGCGAUCCUGGAUCAACAAGGUUUAUGGUGAGUUUACAGGACGAGAUGUUUCAGAAGUUCAAUUUUGAUACGGAGUGGGCUGUGAAGCUCAUAUCAAAGAUAACAGAUAAUGAGGAUAUACCAAUUGAAGGUCGUGCAGUUGUAAAACAGCUUUUGGAUCUUCAAGUAAAUGCUGAGAAAUACUUUUUUGGAAUAAGGAAGAGCCUCGUUGAGUUCGAUGAAGUCUUGGAGGUACAAAGAAAGCAUGUUUAUAAUCUCAGGCAGUUGAUACUAACAGGGGAUUCUGAGAGUUGUCGACAACAAAUUUUUCAGUAUAUGCAGGCAGUUGUUGAUGACAUUGUGCUCAGUAAUGCUGAUCCAAAAAAGCCUCCUAGAAAUUGGAACUUGGGAAAGCUUUUUAGUGAAUUUAUUCAAAUCGGUGGAGAAAUAUUGAAUGAAUAUUUUGCAGAGGUCGAAGAGGAAGAUGUACUAUCAUCGCUUGAAGAGGUUUAUGGUGUAAACUCUAUAGUGGUUGAUACUUUCUCCCUGCCCAACUUACCAGUGCCUCCAAAUGCCUACACAGGCAUACGCAAGAAAAUUUCUUCUUUGAGACGUUGGCUUGCCAUCUGUGCUGAUGAUGCAACAAAAUUUUUAAUGAAAUCUAGGGGAGGAAGGUACCAAGUUACUGCCAAUCUUCUUCGCAAGUAUCUUGCGGACUUUUUGAUUUCUUCCUAUCUAGAGCUAGUACAUGAAUCUGGUUUUGAAGACACAUACGUUCAGGAAAUUGAGAGGGAAGUAAUGCUGAAAUGUCUUGAUAGCUUUUGGAGAGACCACUUGAUAAACAUGAACAGGCUGAGUUCAGCGGUGAACGUUAGGAGUUUUGGGCAUAGAAAUCCACUUGAAGAGUACAAAAUAGAUGGCUGUCGCUUUUUUAUCUCAAUGCUGAGUGCAACGAGGAGACUAACUGUUGAAUCCUUACUGCAAUAUUGGUCAUCCACUGUGGAAUCUGAAGAGUUAGCUACACAAUAAUGUUGUCUUUUGUAGAAGACUUGAAGAACCGGUCCUCUAUCAGAGUUCAUAUGCAGAAUUUUCUUUUUAAAUUGUAAGCUAAUCAAAUUUCUGCCUCCUACUUUGCCAUUCUUCUAUUCGUGCUGCUAGAACUUCGCUAAUUAAUUUUGCAGAAAAUUUUGAAAACUUAUGCAGUAUUUAGUCGAUUCAUACUUAAUGUAGAUAUGUGCUAAUGAUCUUUAGACCGCCCACAGAAACUGCUUAAUAAAACAAUAUCUUCAUUUU